CAUUUUUUAAACACACGUAAGUACGUGGCAAAUGAACAAUUCGAUGACGUACUUCGUUGGAAAUUACGUGUAUUGUGAUCGGCACAUUGCAACUUAUGGAAAGUGUUUGUGAUUUGUACAUUCCAACUAACAUCAUCAAUGCUCUAUUUAUAUUGCAUAAAUGAAUCAAUAUAUUUACUCAUCUAUAUUUGAUAUCUGCUAAAUUCUCAGAUUCCUCAAUAAGUUAUUUUUUAGCCUAUUCGUACAUCUUGCAAUAACACCAAGAAUCUAUGGGCAAGAAAUGGGAUACAUUGCUUGGAAAAUCAUUCAACGUCUCCAAAUUCAAAACCAUAGUGAAUGUUGCUGUUUAUCGGAUUGCCUUCCUUAAGAACAAGCUCCAUGUCCGAUGUUCCCAAGCUCGAUCAGACGUCGUUCAGCUCCUCACCCUUGAUCACCAUGAAAGCGCUCUCCUUCGCGUUGGCCAUGUGAUUAGGGAGCAAAAUUUGUUGGAUGCAUUUGCUAUUAUAGAAGGCCAUUGCCAUCUGCUGGUAGAAAGGAUCAUGCUCAUUCAAAACAGCAAAACAUGUCCAGAAGAAGUGAAGGAGGCAAUAUCGAGCUUGAUAUUUGCAGCUUCGAGAUGUGGAGGACAAGUCCCUGAGCUCCAAAAGAUUCGUGGCGUUUUCAGUUCCAAGUUUGGCAAGGAAUUUGCCGCUUCUGCUGUUGAACUCCGCAACAACUGUGGAGUCCAUCCUAAGAUUGUAAAGAAGCUUCCUCUGCGCCAUCCAAGCAUGAAAUCCAGAUUGAAAUUGCUCAAGGAAAUCGCUUCUGAAAACGGAAUCAAGCUACAGCUUGAAAGAGAGACUUCUGGGGUUUCUCAGAAAUUCAAAGAACCAACUAAUUUUGAUAACCCUGAGUGCAAAGAUGAUCCCCAAAAUUUGGCAAAAGGGCUAGAAAGUGAUGAGAAAUGCACUAGCAUCAUGAAAGAAAGGAACAAGUACAAAGAUGUAACAAAAGCAGCUGAAGCGGCAUUCGAACUGGCUGCUAAUGCAGCAGCAGCUGCCAAAGCUGCCAUGGAACUCGCUAGCUUCAAACUGCAUGAAAAAGAACCCGAAAAUCAGAGAAGUCAAAUCAGUCCUGUUGGAUGUUCAAAACCCAUGUCUGGAAUGAAUCAAAAUACAGCUUCAAAAAGCAGAGAAAUGAAAGACAAUCAGUACAGAUUCUAUAGGAGCCACAGCCAAUUGAAAGCAGAAAUGAAAAAGAGUUCAUCGAGUUCAGAUUUUGAUGAGUGUACUACUGAUGGUGAAAAGGAAAUUGGUUUUGAUGAAGACAAUACAACCCGGUGGCUAGAUCACAGGGAUUUUGAGAGGAAAUGUAGCUUGUUCUUGGAUGAGCUGUCAAAAACCGGUGAUGGGAAUGGAGGAAAAGAUGAAGCUGGCUCAGAUGAGAAUGGAGAUAAGGUGAACAAUCAAUCUAAGAAACGGAUCGAUUGGAAAACUCAACCUGAGCCAUUGGUUAGCACACAAUCCUUGGAUUUGGCAGAGAAAUUGCAUCCACAGCAUUCAAACAGAGGCAGGAGGCCAAUAUCAGUUAGGACUAGAAAAACAAUUAGGUUUUGAGGUUUGCAAAAGAGAGGUUUGGUUAUGAAGCAUUCCUAGUGAAUUAAUGCUAGGAACACAGAAACUGAACACAACACUCACACGGGCCCUAUGAGUGUUCUGUGUCUAAUUCUGUGAUUGGUUUUUAUGUAAGUAUUCUGUGUGCGCAGUUCAACUGUUUUUUGUGCAUGGCUUGACUUUCGUUGUGUUACUGUAUUGCCACAUAUGAUCUAUGACCUUGUAAAUGUCAUUGAGUGUGAAUUCAAGCUUGUGAUGAUUGGAAGUUUCCGAGGUUGGCACUUAAUAUAAUGGAGAAGUAUUGUGUUUUUGGAAGAACAUGAAAACAGAAGCAACACCAUCUCCAAACAAUUUGUAGGCAAGCACUAUAAUUCAAUACAUAAAAUCAUAUAAUUGUGAAGAAACAAAGUUUUGAUGACUUCCAAAUAAUUGAAUUCCAUCAAACCAAGGUGAUCUCAAAAUUCAUGUCAACAGAUAAGUAAAUAAAAUACAUAUUUCAUUUAAAUCUGACCUGAGAAGUUCAAGCAUGUCAAAAGAAGAGUAAUGCAAGAAAAAAAUUGGAAGCCUUACAAUAAAUCUCCACCGCUUUGUUG